UGUGCAGCGUUGCUGGAAGGGUGUGUCGGCGGCCACCAUCACAUUCACCCCAAUGAAAACACAUCACCUCUAGCUAGAAGGCUAGUUACACCUCUACAAAAAAAAAAAGAAUCAGCUGCCAGCGCAACACCCACAGCAGGUUACUUCGACCUGUGCGCGAACUGGGAUGUCGGCAGCCGACUGGUACGCUCACAAGUCGCUCGGAGACGGACUCUUCUGGAUCCAGGAGCGAUUCUACCAGUCAGAUAACAGGGCCAACAUCUGGCUCCUCCGCGGCUCACACCAAGACGUAGUCAUAGACACCGGGCUGGGCUUGAGGAGCUUACCUGACUACAUCGACGCCAAAGGGCUGCUGGGCAAAGACCCGCAGAGGAAGAACCCGCUGCUGGCCAUCGCCACCCACGCCCACUUCGACCACUCGGGCGGUCUGCAUCAGUUCCAACAGGUGGGCGUCCACAGCGCCGAGGUCGACGCCUUGGCCAACGGAGACAACUUCGAGACGGUCACCUGGCUCAGCGACCGGGAGAUAAUCGAGGCUCCCAGUCCAGGGUGGAGGGCAAGACAAUACAAAGUGAAAGCGGUGCAGCCAACACACAUCCUGCAGGAGGGAGAUGUCAUCAACCUGGGCGACAAACAGCUGACGGUGCUCCACAUGCCAGGCCACUCUCGGGGCAGCAUAUGCCUCCAUGACCGCGACAACAAGCUCCUCUUCAGCGGGGAUGUAGUGUACGAUGGUGCCAUGAUUGACUGGCUGCCCUACAGCCGGGUCAGUGACUACAUCAGCAGCUGUGAGCGGCUGGUGGGGCUGGUGGACAGCGAACAGGUUGACCAAGUUCUUCCAGGACAUUACAACACCUUUGGUGCAAAGAGGCUCAACCGAAUCGCGUCCACGUAUAUCAGCAGGGCCGGAACUUGCCCUGCGAAGGUCUCCACGUUUGCCUGGAGUACUCUGGCCGGGGUGGCUCUGCGGGCGUGUAACCCCAGGAGUGCCUGCUAAUGCGAGGGGAUCGUGGCGUUUGAGGAAGCACAAGUGCACAAAGUUAAUGUUUAAAUAUGGGGGACAUGGAAGAGGGCGAGGAAGGGAGACAUGUAUCCGUAACUCGAUGUAACAUUCUUCAUUCACUUAUGUAAUCCAACAGAAACGAUGUAAUUGCCAAACUGUCUAAAAUGCCACUAUUGGGUUACACAAGUCAAUAUCAGCAUUAUAUGAAGCUUAUUAUAUAAACUAUUUAUUAGUGUGUUUCUGUUCUAUAAUUCUGAAUAUGUGAUGAGUUAAAUAUGAUUAUAUGUAUGUUUUUAUAUAUGUAAUGAAUUUAUAAUAGCACAACAGAUAUUCUGCACUGCAAACAGAAAGCAGGGAAGUAAAGGUUCUCCUCUGAGGCAUUUCAAACACAGUCCAGAUGGCCAUAGUAUCUCUCUCUCUAUGCAUUUUACAAUGAUCAGUGAAGACUCAGUGUCGACUACCUCCUGUGUUUGUAACAGUGCUUUGGACUAUUGACAAAUUGAAGGCUCUGCCAUGGAAAUGUUGACAAUAAAGCCUCUGUUUUACCUGC